AGUAACACUGAGACCGAGACCCAACUUCUCAUUUCCAUUUGACCGAUCGUAUGGCUGGACCCGCCUAACCGUUCCCGCUCGUCAUCGGCCCACCCGCACCCGCUUCAGCCGCCGCCGGGCGUCUGGUCGGCCUCCCUGACCGCCCGUCCAGCCCAUCGGGGCCCCACCGCCCGCACCAUCAUGGACCCUAUGGACACGGACCCUCCCCCUCCUACCGUUCCAGAUACGGUGCCCGACCCGACCCCGGCUGAUCCACCACCCACGCCUCAAGAAAAUGUGCCAUCGGAUGCCACACACCCCAAAUCAGUGGCACCCGCCCCCGUGGCCAUGGACACGAACCUGGCCCCCGUUUCGGCUCCUCAGCCGGCGGAGGCCGAUCCAUUGACGGCAUCUUCGACUAUUACACCACUCCCUGUCGCCUCGACGGCCGCCCACGGAGCCGUAAUAUCGCCUAUUGCGAUUGAAAAUACAUCGGCCGACGAAGCAAAUCCUACCCCAAAGGCCCCCACUCCCACCCCGCCGCAGCCUUCGCCAGGCGAAGACCGAGCUUCGUCCCCAUUGGCCGCUGAAUCCACAACCGAACGCCCAGACGAAUCUGCCAAAUCUAGCGCUGAAGAAAAAAGGCCGGAAUUGUCUCCUCCUGUCGUAACUGACGGAGCUAAAUCCUCAUCUUUGAAUGAUGAACCACCAUCUGUUAAAUCUCCCAAGGAAGAUUCUCCAUUACCCGAGAAAUCUCCCAAGGUGGAUUCUCCGUCACCCAUGAAAUCUCCGAAAGAAGAUUCUUCGCCAACUGUAGAAAUGGCCAAGGAAGAUUCUCCACCGCCCGUAGAAACGGCCAAGGAAGAUUCUCCACCGCCCGUAGAAACGGCCAAGAAAGAUUCUCCACCGCCCGUAGAAACGGCCAAGGAAGAUUCCCCGUCUCCCGCGAGCAAAUCUUCCGCAAAAUCUCUGUCGCCGCCGAAAGAUUCUCUAAUUGCUGACUCGUCAGUAGGUGGACCAUCAUCUGUGGAAAAAUCUAAGUUUCCCGAACGUCCAAUAGCGGGCCAAUCGCCAUUGUCCUCGACCACGGAAGCCCCGAAAUCGCCACUACCCGUUAAAAUUGUCUCGGCAGUCUCAAACAAAAAGACUUCAGUGGAUGAGUCGGCUCCUGCAGACGCAGCCCCAGAAUCCGCCUCUUCACUGGACAAACCCACCUCCAACUCAGCUGAGGGGUCCCUGACCGAGAACUCGGUCAACUUGGGCACGGGCGCGGCUCAAACGAAUGUGGCAUUGGUGGAGGCGACUAGCGUCAAUAAUGGCUCAAUGGCAACUCCAAAAAUGGAUGAAGAUGGGGUGGCUGAGGCCCCGCCUACCACGCAAGAUAUGGACAAUAACGACGACGUGGUGGAUAUCUCUGAGGAUCAUUCCCCCGAAGACGACGAUAUAGCGAGCAAGCCCGUUUUGAAGUUGGCCCGAUUUGCGGAUUUAGGGAGCAAUGGCAUCACUGACGACACGCCUGUGGCGGCCAUGGGCGCCAAGCCCACGUGUGAACAAUGUGGGCGCCCCAAUCACGACACCUACGCGCCUUUGAUCUGGGAAACCAUGCAAUUCUGCAGUUUGGACUGCAUGAGCAACCACCAGCAAAGUCUCAGUCGUUGUUCCAAGUGCUGGAAGUGUGUGCAAACCAGCUCGUUGGGCAAAUAUUGCGUCCGAUUCGGGGCCGAUAUCAAGCAGUUUUGCUCCAAUACGUGUCUCGACGAGCACAAGAAGGGCCUCAAGGUGUGUUUCUAUUGCCAAAAGGACAUCUCCAGCUCUCAAGGAUUCCUCGCACCCAUCGGGGACAAGAACCAGUUCAAGGACUUCUGCGAUCAGGGCUGUCUGACGCAAUACGAGGUCAUUUACCAGGGGAAAACCGCCCCCACCAAAGUGGCUAAAUGUAAGGUGUGCGACACCGAGAAAGUGAUCCAAGUCGAAUUGGUUCAGGGAACAGAGAUCGUUCCCUUCUGCGAGAAGACUUGCUUCUCUUCCUUCAAAUUCGCCAGCCACUUGGACACGAUCGAGUGCCAAUUGUGCGGGAAGCCCCAUGAUCUGAAGCAAAACAAUUUUGUCAUCUAUUACGACGGACAGAGUAAGCGCUUCUGUUCCAUCGCGUGUCAAAACGUGUUCGUGAUGAAGAACCGCAAAAUCGUGCCUUGUCAAUGGUGCAAGGUGAAGAAGUACAAUUUCGACAUGAUCGAGCACUGGUCAUCGCAGGAUCGUCAUUGCAUGUAUUGCUCGGUCAACUGCAUGAAGCUCCACUUGUCGGCCACCCGACCUCAAGAGUUGAAGGAGCUCAGCCAUGCUGGCAACAAAGGCAGUUCCAGAGGCAGCACUGACGAAGAGAUGCCUGUGAUUCAGUCCGUGUCCAGUUUGGCCGGAACCGGGGAACUUCCAGCUCAACCCGAUCGCCUCCCCACCAUGCCCAUUCCCACCAGCCAGCUCGCCAUGCCGACCAUUCAAACGCAAACCAUCCGUGAAGUGGUGAAAGAAACGAUGGUCCACCAGCCCGAGCCCAAGGUCAUGAAGAACAAAGGCACCCUGACGAAGCCAUUUAUGCAAACCAAAGGCAUCUCAUGUCGACCGCACCCCUGUCACAAGGCAACACAGACGGAAGGGCCCGAUUAUCCGGCCAUCUUACCUAUGGCAUGUCCCAUGUUCAUGCCUAUGCCCAUGCACAUGUACACCACGCCGUAUCCCGUGCCCAUUCCCAUCCCCCUGCCCGUUCCUGUACCCGUGUUCAUCCCCACCACCCGCAGAUCCACGCGCGGAAUCCUCAAGCAGAUCAAGAAGAUCCGCUCCAAACUGCCCGCCGAUCCAUUCGAAGCUGAACUUCUGGCCAUGGCUGGAACUCUGGUGGAAAAGAAGGACGACGAGGACAUGUCCGAUGAUUCGAUCGGGGACGACAGUGACGAUGGCGAUUACGAUCAGGACGAUGCCCCACCUAGGCGACAUCAGGCGGCCAUCGAGCCGCAGGAAGACUUUGAGAACGAAAUUCAGGGCGGGAAGAUUGUACCCAAGCCGUUGCCUUUGGUCACUCCCGAUCCAGCCGUGUCACCGGGUCCGCCCAUGAUGCGACCGGGUGGUGGACCAGGUGGAGCUUCCGGAGGCAGGACAACCCCGGGUUUCAGAGGCGCUCCCGGGGGACAGAAGAGAACUCCCGGUCGGGUUUGUCCUCAAACUUGGGCUAAGAGCCUUGAAACCAACUCGUUUCGAGUAGCGAUGCUCAUUCUGACCCUAAUCCACUUUUUGGCAAAAAAAAAAGAUCAUCGCCCAUCCCAAUUUGAACCUCAAUCAUUUCCUCGUCUCUUAUUAGAUGGCGAGGACGGAGAUUGGCAAUCCGGAGAAGCUUGGGACGGCACCACGCCCGUGAAUCGGCCCGCACAACCACGGCGACAAUCGCGAAGUCGUUCAAGGGGAGGGCGCAAUGCCAAACAGGCUCGCAACGACGUUCAAGUCCCACCCGUGAAUCAGCCUCCCAAGGAAAGGCCGGAUGCCAAGCAUCAUCUCAAGUUCACCUACGGGGUCAACGCCUGGAAACAUUGGGUUGUCCAGAAGAAUGCAGAACUGGAAAAGGCUCGAGCUCAGGGCAAGUAUAUGAAGACUUUUGAGACCGACAUCCUGAAGCUCAGAGCCGACGAAUUGAACUAUACCCUCUGCAUGUUUGUGAAAGAGGUCAAAAAGCCUAAUGGAGACGGCUAUGCACCGGAUAGCAUCCUGUAUCUCACCUUGGGCAUCCAAGAGUAUUUAUUCGAAAAUGGACGCAUCGACAACAUCUUCACGGAUUUCUACUACGAGCCGUUCACCUCAGCUUUGCACGAGGUGGUCAAGGACUUCAAGUUGCCCGUGAAUGAGUUGGGCUAUUUUGUCACCCGCAUCGAAGAGGAACACCUGUGGGAAUCCAAACAGUUGGGAGCGCACAGCCCGCAGACUCUGUUGAACACGAUGAUCUAUUUUCACACCAAGUAUUUCAUGCUCAAGACGGUAGAUCAGCACAAGAAGCUGUCCUUCUCGCAUAUCAUGAAGCAUUGGAAGAAGACGCAGAGUCCGGCCAAGCCAAAUCAGCAGCAAAAGACCAUCUUGCUCCGAUACUAUCCGCCUCCUUCCAAAACCGUUCGACAAGACGAUCGACGAUGUUAUGAGCAACACGAGAACACUGAAAACCCAUUAAGAUGUCCUGUCAAACUCUACGAAUUUUAUCUAUCCAAAUGUCCUGAGAGCACCAAGACCCGUAGUGACAUGUUUUACCUUCAACCCGAGCGAUCGUGUGUCCCGGACAGUCCCGUUUGGUACAGUAGCAAUCCGCUAAACAAUCAUCAAUUGGACAAGAUGCUUCUACGUCUCCUGAUGGUGCGAGAGGUCCAGGAGCACAUGCUGGCCGAUGCCAGUUCGUAAACGAAAAGAUCCGGUUCACAUGUCUAAAUACUCCCGGCGACAUGCAUCUGCGGCAAAUCUCAACCAAGCUUAUCUUAAUGGCAACAAUGGCCAGCAUUUCGCGAGAACCGACCCCGUAUUGUAUAAGAGUUAUCUGGACGCGGUUCUUCUUUCCAAUUCUUGGGCGAAGCAUGACUUGUCCGGAGGCAAGAUCAUCUCCGCAAAACCCGUGCUUUGUAUCAUCUCAUGAUUAAUAUAACAGCCAUAUUAUUCGA